GCUCCGGGCUCCGGGCUCCGGCACGUUACUCGCUGCAGCCUGGGACGCGGCCGGACGGAUUCGCAGCUGCCCCAUGAAUCCCUCCAGGCCAUUCUGUCCAGAAGAGGAUCCCAGCCUGGCUCGCCCCUUGCUCCCGGCUGUGCCCCCCCAGCCCCAGCUGCUGUUAUUCCGCCGGAGUUUCCGUUUGCCGCCCGGCCCAGCCUGCAGCAGGGCUCCCCCGGGCGGCUGAGGAUGCCCCGCACUCGAGCGGCCCCCCGCCGCUGAGCCACAGCAGCACCCCCCGUGGCAAGCAGGGCCAGCCCAGAGCCAGGAGAGCCCCUGCUGCUGGCGAGCCGGAGCGGGCAGGGCCGCGCCAUGUAGCACCCACGGCAGCCACCGGCAUGGAGCUGAUCACGGCGGAGUCCCCGGCCCGGCUGGUCCGGCUCUACCGGGAGUAUCACAACAACGAGCUCAUCUCCCUGCAUUACAACUACACGGGGAAGCUGCAGGCCAGCGGCAAGUACAAGGGCGGCCUGAAGGCCGAUGCGGUGGCCUUCCUGGCCGUCUGCGCCCUCAUCGUGCUGGAGAACCUGGUGGUGCUGCUGGCCAUCUGGAGGAACAAGAAGUUCCACUCGCCCAUGUUCUACCUGCUGGGCAACCUGACCCUGUCGGACCUGCUGGCCGGCCUGGCCUACACGGCCAACAUCGCCAUGUCGGGCGCCAACACCCUCCAGCUCACCCCGCUGCUGUGGUUCCUGCGGGAGGCGGGCGUCUUCAUCACGCUGGCCGCCUCCGUCUUCAGCCUGCUGGCCAUCGCCAUCGAGCGGCACAUCACCAUGAGCCGCAUGAAGCUCUACCACGGCGACAAGAAGGGCCGCAUGUUCCUGCUCGUGGGGGCCACCUGGGCGGCCUCGGUGCUGCUCGGGCUGCUGCCGGUCCUGGGCUGGAACUGCCUGGACAGGCUGGUCAGCUGCUCCACCGUCCUGCCGCUCUUCUCCAAGAGCUACGUCCUCUUCUGCAUCACCGUCUUCCUGGCCAUCCUGGUCUCCAUCACGGUGCUCUACGCCCGCGUCUUCCGCAUGGUGAAGGGGAGCAGCCCGCGGCCGGGCAGCCUGCGCAAGGGGACGCUGAAGCGCUCGCAGAAGUCCAUGGCCCUGCUCAAGACGGUCACCAUCGUGGUGGGGACUUUCGUGGCCUGCUGGCUGCCCCUCUUCCUGCUGCUGCUGCUGGACGUCUGGUGCGAGGCGCAGGCCGGGGCCUGCCGCGUGCUCUACAAGGCCGACUACUUCCUGGGCUUGGCCAUGCUCAACUCCCUGCUCAACCCCAUCAUCUACACGCUGACCAGCAGGGACAUGCGCCGCGCCAUCCUCAAGCUGCUGUGCUGCCUGCUGGGGGGGCCGGCCGAGGACAGCCCGGCCCAGCGCUUCGGCCUCCCCAUCCUGGAGUGCAGCACCAGCAAGUCGGAGCGCUCGUCCCACCGGCCCGAGGGGGUCGAUGCCAGCCUGUCCACGGGCAACGGGACGCCCACCCCCGUCAAGGCGCUGGUGCCCACUGCCGAGGACUGAGCCCCUGCCCCCACAGCGGGGUGGGAGCGCGGCACAGGCCGGGGGAAGGGCUGCGACUGGCAUGGCUGGAGCCCUGGCUGCCUGGGAGCUGAGGGCGCCCACCCGAGGGCGUAGCUCGGGGGUGCCCCCUGCUGGCCUGGUCUGUGUGAAGCUCGUUGCUGGUCCAGGCAGCAUAUUUGUACGGCACUCCGCGUUAACAGCUGCCGGCCCGAAUCGGCUCGCACAAGCUGCCUUAGCCACCCCCACCAAAUGAUCCAGUGCACCCCCCGGCGCAGAGCCGAUCCCGGAUCCUGCGGCCCACCGGCGCAGAGCCGAUCCCGGAUCCUGCACCCCACAUGGCCACCCCGGCUCAGAGCCGAUCCCAGAUCCUGUGCCCCCCCCGGCGCAGAGCCGAUCCCGGAUCCCGCGGCCCCCCGGCGCAGAGCCGAUCCCGGAUCCUGUGCCCCCCCCGGCGCAGAGCCGAUCCCGGAUCCUGUGCCCCCCCCGGCGCAGAGCUGAUCCCGGAU